UCCCUGUGUUGCAGGCCUGACAAGGGGCUCAGGCUGGCCCCAUGUCGCCCGCCAAUGCCAUGCUACUCAACGACACCUGGAUGUUUGGGGGGAACAGCUGGAGCCUGCACUACCUGAGCUUCCUGAUCCGCCACUUCCCCAGUGCCUGCCUGCUGGACCCUGAGGGGACCCCCAUCUCCUGGUGCCUCUCUGACCCGCUGGCUGUCCUGACACACAGUUACACCCUCCCACAGCAUCGUGGCCUGCGCCUCAUGGGGUGCACAAUGGGGACGCUGGCGGCACAGCUGCAUACCCACAGCUUCCCUGUUUACACCCGGGUGCUGCUCCACAAUGAGACUUCACUGCACAACCUGCAACGUCUCAGCUUCCGCAUCCUGCCUGGGGUGUUCUACCUGCUGGUGGUGAGGCCUGGGUUCGCCCAGUCCCAGCCAGCCAGUGCCCUGGACUCAGCCCAGGACCCUGUGCCCAGCUCUGGGGAACAGCCACGCGCCCAAUAGCACACGGGGAGGGGAGAGGUGAAGGGGACACAGCCUAGGGCCCUGCACCCAGCUCUGGGGGACAGCCACACACUGCCAGCAUGUAGCCCUGGGGGAGGGGAGGAGAAAGGGACAUGGACCAGCCCUGCCCAGGGACCUGCCACCCCCCAGAACGGGACACAUUGACCAGCCACCACGGGAGCUCAGCUGUCAGCCCUUGGGAAGCCGGGGCCUGGUAGAGGAGACUUUUUCAUGUUCCAUUAUCCCCUGGAACAGGGCAGAGGCUCAGUAGGGGGUGCUCUCCCCUGGCAGUCAGUGCCGAACCUGAAGAGACCAGGGUGAGGGCUCAGCAGGGGGUCUCUCCCGCUCCCUUCCCCAGGCAGUUUGAGACUAGCUUAGUUGAAGUCAACGCAUCUUAGAUUGAAUUAAAAUUCCUUACUUCGUUCAGCAGUGGACAUGAGAGCGAUCUGGGAUCAAUUUAUCGCAUCUACACUACACGCGAUAAAGUGAACCCCGAUAGUGUAGACGUACUGAAGGAGAAUUUUCUGUAAUAGUUUUGCUACCGGUGUGCCUCAGUUUCCUUCUGUACGUUGCAUGUCUUCCCAGUGGGUGCCAAAGGGUUAAAAAGCUGCUCCUAGGGCAGAGCAGGGACUGGGGGGAGGGUGUCCCAUGGCUGGGGGCAGGACCUGGGCGUUCAGGAUCAAAACCAGGUCAACGGAGGCUCCACAAAGAAACAGAGUUGGGUUUUGGUGGGACUCAGGAGCUCCCAGCUGGGACUGAAAGAGACGGAGACAGGAUCCAGUUUUGGCUCUUCAGCAGCUCGGCUGGGUGGGGCCCUGACCUGUGUCUUCACCUUCACUUCUCUCUGCAGCCCCAGGGACCCCCCAGGCCGGGUUCCCAGGGACAAUAAACCAUGUGCUGUGUGGAAAAGGCUUUGGGAUGUCAUUACAAACACUGGCUGGGGGACACUGGUCCCCACAGAGGAGCCAGGUCUCUCCAGGAGUCUGGCUCAAUGCGACGUGCCGGGCAGAGCUCGUGGGGUGAAGCAGGAGGGCCGGAGCCAUGUGCUCGGUCCUGGAGGAAGAGAGAGUCCCCUUGGGGGGCUGGCACGCCACAGGGUUCCUCCAAGGACUGGUUUAAAAGCUGGGGUGUAGCACUGAUCCUGGGGAACCACAACAGGGAGCAGCGCUGUGGGUCCCAGGCCAGUGUGGGGUGUCUCCUUCACAGCCAGAAUCGGCAGCAGAGAAGGGCGGGCACAUCUGCUGGCAGACGUGGGGUAGAGGCAGCCCUGGCCCCAGCCAGGGAGCAGCCCCACCAGGGCACAGUGCAUCAUCCCGUCUGUCCCCUCCCUCCCCAGCCAGGG